CCACCAAUGCUCUCUUCCCGUUGUCCAAAUCUUCUGCAGAUAUACGUAUAUAUAUAUAUAUCUAUUGUAUACAAGUGGUGUUGUUGUGGGUUGUAUAGAGUUGGAAAUGGCAACCUCACAGUGCUUUGAGAACCCACAAAGUCUGAGCUCAACAUGUGGAUCAGGGAAUCUCCAAGAGAUUGGAGGGCUUAAGACCUAUGUCACUGGUCCCCAAGACUCCAAGCUUGCAAUCCUUCUCAUUUCUGAUGUUUUUGGGUAUGAAGCUCCAAAUCUGAGGAAACUUGCAAACAAAGUGGCAGCCGAGGGAUUUCUAGUAGUGGUUCCUGAUUUCUUCUAUGGUGAACCUUUCAAUCUUAAUAACCCUAAUAUGGACCGGGAAUCUUGGAGAAAGGCUCAUGGCGUGGAUAAAGGGUUUGAAGAUGCCAAGCCAGUAAUUUCUGCUUUAAGAAGUAAAGGAGUCACUUCAAUAGGGGCUGCAGGUUUUUGCUGGGGUGGGGUGGUAGUUGUAAAACUAGCAAGGACCGAUGAAAUUCAGGCUGCAGUGGUUUUGCAUCCCGGUUGCAUCACAGAAGAUGAAAUCAAAGAGGUUAAGUGCCCAAUUUCAAUAUUGGGAGCCGAGAUUGACCAGGUAUCUCCACCUGAACAACUGAAACAGUUUGGGGAGAUUCUAUCAGCAAAACCCGGGAUUGACAGCUUUGUGAAAAUAUUCCCUGGUGUAUCUCAUGGAUGGUCGGUAAGAUAUGAUAUUGGUAAUGAAUCGGCCGUCAAGAGUGCUGAAGAGUCCCAUGGCGACAUGUUGAGCUGGUUUAAAAAGUACGUCAAGUGAAAAUAGUUCCAUAUAAUUCGAAGAAUGAUACUGCACUGUUCCAAGGACAAGCCUUGGGUUUUUGUGAGACAUCGGUGCAUUCUGUGCUUGUAGGGUUUUUGUUAGGCAUUUUAUAAGACAAUAAAUUCUUGUAUCUUCAAAGACUAUUGGGUGGGGGAAGAAAAAAGAAAAAACUUGUUCUGUGUAUUCAUGUUGAAUGAACUUACACUUCACUAAAAUGAAUUCAGCACUGUCAUGUGUACUUCUAUGAACCAAACUAAACCACCUCAUCAAAUGGACUAGUCAAAUUAAGAAUA